ACAGAUGGGCUAAUAUGAUUAUGCUCUCCUUGAACCUGAAGUUGCUCCUCUCGCGGAGCAGGCGUUAGCACCGCCGCUGCGUUGAUCUGGGCUGUGGGCGGCGCACACUCCCAAUAUUCUGCCCUUUUCACAUACAGCGUGAUUCCACGAGUCCUUGCUGCCGCUCCGGCGCGAGACACCCACGAGAGAGAAGCGAAUGUCAGAGAGAGAUGGAAACACCAUCGGCAUGAAUCACGUAUAGCAUCCCCCGUGUACCUCGGGAGUACAGUUCCCUUGCUGAAAGCGUUUUCUCCUCACCUAGUAUAUGUUUUGUUUUCUUUUUGUUUUUGCGCGAAUGAAGGGAAGAAUAUGGAAGUGACUACAUCAAAAAGCUUUCUAUUGCUCGCUCAGCUCGUGGUCAUCUGCUUGAUAGCUGAAGUGGUGCAAGGAUACUUCAGAAGCCAGCGCAAAUUCACGGAGGACAUUGACUGGUCCUACGCUGGAACACUUAACCAAAAGAACUGGGCCAAGAAGUAUCCAUCAUGCAAUAAUGCCAAACAGUCCCCCAUAAACAUCGAGGAGGACCUCACCCAGGUGAAGCUUCAGUUUCAACAGCUGAGGUUUGAGGGCUGGGACCAGCUGACCUCAGACACCACCGCCAUCAAAAACGACGGAAAAACAGUUGCGGUAGACCUGAACGGAGAGUUCUACCUGAGCGGAGGGGGGCUGAGGUCCCGGUUCAGGGUGGGCCGAAUCCAGUUCCACUGGGGCACGUGCAACGCCUCCUCCGACGGCUCGGAGCACAGCCUCAAUGGCGUCAGGUUUCCGCUCGAGAUGCAGAUUUUCUGUUAUGAACCGCACAAGUUCAAAUUCAUUGAUGACGCAUUCAAAGAUGGAGGAAAGAUCACAGCUCUGGCUGUCUUGUUUGAGGUCAGUCAUGAGGACAACGACAACUACGUGCCGAUUAUCAACGCCGUGAACUCUGUGAGCCGAUUUGGUAAAAGCGGCCUCGUGGAACCGUUCAGCCUGCAGAGCCUCCUGCCCAAUUCGACGGGGAAAUAUUUCACGUACAACGGCUCCCUGACCGCGCCGCCGUGCUCGGAGACGGUGGAGUGGGUGGUGUUCAAGAACACCGUAUCCAUCUCUGACAUACAGCUGGAGGUGUUCUGUGAGGUCAUGACCCUGCAGCAGGCCGGGUAUGUGAUGCUUCUGGACUACCUGCAGAAUAACUUCAGGGAACAGCAGGACCAGUUCAUUGGCCAGGUCUUCUCCUCUUACACUGGGACGGAGGAAGUGCCCAGCCCCAUUUGUAGCUCAGAGCCGGAGAACGUGCAGGCAGACCCUCACAACUACACCAGCUUGCUGGUGACCUGGGAGCGGCCGCGGGCGGUGUACGACACCAACAUCGAGAAGUACUCCGUCACCUACUGGCGGCUGGAGGGGGAGGACCCGCCCAAGAGCGAGUACCUGACAGACGGGGACCAGGACGUGGGUGCCAUAAUCCAGGACCUGGCGGGUAACACCAGCUACAUGGUUCAGGUGGUGGCGGUCUGCACCGGCGGUCUGUACGGCCGCGUGAGUGACCAGCUGCGCGUGGAUAUGCCCCUGGAUGACCCUGAAACAGAUCCUGAUCUAUAUUUAGAUCCUGAUGAAACUGAAGAUGUCUUUAAGGAAGUGUACCAGCCGAAUUUGUCGCAGGGAAAAUCGGGCCAGAACCAGGCAAGCACGUCAGCCCGCACCGUUACCAGCGACUCCCCCUCCAUUCGCAUCGCCAUGGAAACAGCGGGCCCAGGCUUCCUGUUUCCCGGCAGGAGGAGCACAACCACUCCUGCGGUGAGGAGGGUCACGGAGGAGAGCUCGCUCCCCUGGUCCCGGGGCCACACCCAGCGUCCCGUCCAGAGCCCCGGCACCGAGCGGACUUCCCUCAUCAGCCCCGCAGCGUUGCCCGGCAACGGCAGCGUCAUCACCGACGUCUACUACGACGACGUCGUCAACAGCACGGCCUACGAGAACGCCACGGCCCCUACGGCCCCGCCUCUCGACGCCGCGCCCCCGGACGACACCCCCGGCCCUUCCUGGGGCACCCGCGGGGAAGUCGCGACGUCGCCCGCCGCAACCGACGCGGGUGGGUACGAGGUGACGGAGGCCACCCCCCUCCCCGAAAACCCGCUUACCGUUACCCCCACCCCCUCCCUGGAGGUACCGCUGUGGCCCACAAGCCCCGGCGGCGAGCUCCCCUCCGUCUCAACGUCCGCCUUCAGUGCCGUUCUCUCCCGGACCACCCAACCGGUGUCCAAUGUGGCCGCAGCCAGCACUCAGAGCCCCACGCCCUCCUUCGGUCGGGCCAGGCCCGUCCGCCCCCCCGCCCUGUCCCCCACCGCCUCCCCCGAUGGCGGCUCCACAGCCCCGCUCUCUCAGGACGGACAGGUAGACAGUAGCGCCUCGGGCUCCACCCUGUACGUGGAGUCGCCGGACGACUUAGAUCAGGACUGGGACCGGGGCCGGACGGCGGCCCCUGGGGCGGGAGGCACGCCCUCGUUCGCGCUGGCGGCCUCGCCCACCGCGCCGGCCCCGUUCGCCGAGGCGACGGCCAGCGGCGCGGACGACGGCAGCGGCGGCGACCGCCCGUCCUCGUUCUACUUCGACAGCGACAACGGGACCGAGGUUGUCGUCAUGGAGACCAAAGGCCUGGGCACGUUUGGCGGAGGGGAGGAGGAGAGCGGCUCCGGGAGUCUCUACGACAACGAGACGUCCUCAGACUUCAGCAUACCCGAGUACACAGAGAUGGAGUCUGAGGAAGCGCAUGAAGCAGAGGCCAGCAACAGCAGCCACGAGUCUCGUAUUGGCCUGGUGAGCCGUGAAGAGAGGGAGAGAAAGGUUUUCUUGCCACUGGCUGUGGUCUCCGUUCUUACGUUCCUCUGCUUGCUGGUACUGGUGGGGAUCCUGGUCUACUGGAGGAAGUGCUUCCAGACAGCCCACUUUUACAUAGACGACAACACCUCACCCAGAGUCAUCUCUGACCCAGCCACGCCUAUGCUCUUCGCUGAAGAUGAUCAUAAAGCUUUUCCCGUAAAAGAGUUUGUCAGACACGUGGCGGUGCUUCAUGACACCAACUCGUUCCCACAGGAGUUUGAGAUAUUGAAAGAGUGUUAUAAGGAGAUCCAGGCGUGCACGGUGGAUCUGGGUAUGACCUCAGACAGCUCCAACCAUCCCGACAACAAAAGCAAGAACAGAUACAUCAACAUCCUGGCAUACGAUCACAGUCGAGUUCGACUCUCAUCUAACUCUGACAGAGAUGUGAAGUGUGGAGACUACAUUAACGCAAACUAUGUGGAUGGCUUCAACAGACCCAGGGCCUACAUCGCGGCUCAGGGCCCAUUGAAGUCCAGCACAGAGGACUUCUGGAGGAUGAUCUGGGAGCAGAACGUGGGCGUGAUUGUUAUGAUCACCAACUUGGUGGAGAAAGGGAGGAGGAAAUGUGACCAGUACUGGCCAGUGGAAACCCAGGAGGAGUACGGCUGCUUCCUGGUGACGCUGAAGAGCACCAGAGUCCUGGCCUUCUACACCCAGAGGACGUUCACCCUGAGAAAUACCCGGGUUAAGAAGGGAUCUCAGAAGGGGCGGGGUCACGAACGCACUGUGGUCCAGUACCACUACACCCAGUGGCCCGACAUGGGUGUCCCGGAGUACACCCUGCCUGUGCUCACGUUCGUGCGGAAGUCCUCCCUGGCCAGGGGAGGGGACAAGGGGCCUGUAGUCAUCCACUGCAGUGCUGGAGUGGGUAGGACUGGAACCUACAUCGUCCUGGACAGCAUGUUACAACAGAUUAAGGAACAGGGAACGGUCAACAUCACUGGCUUCCUUAAACACAUCCGCACGCAGAGGAACUACCUCGUACAGACAGAGGAGCAGUACGUCUUCACCCACGACGCCCUGGUGGAGGGAAUCCUGAGCCAGGAGACGGAGGUUCCAUCCACCCGUAUCCACGGCUACGUCAACGACCUCCUGACCCCAGCACCCUCCGGCAGGACGCGCUUGGAAAAGCAGUUCAAGUUAAUAACCCAGUCCAAUGCCAAGCAGUGUGACUACUCUGCAGCCCUCAAACAGUGCAACAGAGAAAAGAACCGGAACUCCUCUCCCAUCCCGGUGGAGAGGUCCAGAGUCUGUCUGUCGACAGUGGCAGGAGAGACUUCCGACUACAUAAACGCGUCGUACAUCAUGGGGUACCAUCACAGCAGUGAGUUCAUUGUGACCCAGACGCCACUUCCCAGCACCACUAAGGACUUCUGGAGGAUGAUCUGGGACCACAACGCCCAGGUUAUCAUCACACUGCCAAGUACACAGAGUCAGACAGAGGAGGAGGAAGAGUGUGUGUUCUGGCCCCAAAAGGACCAGCCAAUCAGCUACGAGGCAUUCACAGUCUCCCUCGCCCGAGAGGACCACGUGUGCCUGUCCAACGAGGAGAUGCUGGUGGUGCAGGACUUUGUUCUGGAGGCCACGCAGGAUGACUAUGUUCUGGAGGUGAGGCAGUACCGGGCCCCACAGUGGCCCAGCCCAGAUGGUCCCAUCAGCCACACCUUCGAGCUGAUCAAAAUCAUCAGAGAGGACACUGGCUCUCGGGACGGGCCCGUCGUCGUACAGGACACGUUCGGCGGAGUCACUGCAGGAACAUUCUGUGCCCUGACGACGCUAAUGCACCAGCUUGAGGAAGAGAACUCCAUCGAUGUCUACCAGGUGGCCAAGAUGACCAACCUCAUGAGGCCGGGAGUCUUCACUGACAUUGAACAGUACCAGUUCCUUUACAAGGCCAUCCUGAGUCUGGUGAGCACCAGGGAGGACGAGAAGAUGCUUCAGUCUACCGACAACAACGGGACCAUCCUGGGGAGUUCCACCAACGCUGCCGAGAGCCUAGAGUCCCUGGUGUAACCAUGGAAAUGCUCGCUCAGGCCAGCUCGUUCUCCGAGCCAGGACGGUUUGCGUCGACACGCCUUUCCCAUACAAGAAAAGCGCUUUCUGUGAAUCCCUCUCUGAUCCGUCUCUAAAAGAUACGACUACUACUGCUGGACAUGUUAUGUAAUGUGUGCCUUUACAUAAUUCAUAUUGUUCUUUUUUUUUAACUGCUUUGAUACGAGUUUAAAUGUAGACUAAUUUUAAAUGUAUCGUGUUUUUUUUUUUUUCAACAAAAAAAAAAAACAGAAGGUGGCUGUAGUCUUGCCUGGUGUUAAGGGACCCUUUGUUUAAUAUUUUGGCGUCCCCAUAAUGUCAUUUAUUGGCAACCAGCUACAGAACAAAAGGGAAGGAAAAGCAAAGACAUCUUUGCAAUGACCUGCUUAAUUAGUGCGACUGUAGAGAUCAUGAAUUUGAACACGGCUUCUUUUUCCAUGCUGAUACUGUAAAUACAACUCUCCUUAGUGAUGUUAAGCCUGUGGGGUCAGAGAGGAACAGGUACACAAAAUAAUAAUCUAAUAUGUAAAUAGUAUUAUAGUGACCAAGUCGAUGGACCAAAAUUCUAUUUAUACUUCCUAGAUUUUUAUAUUUUACUACAGAGUUGGUUUUCUAGUCAAUUUGAGGCACGAUCCUGUUCUAAUUUAGCUGAACAAUUAAUGUUUUUAACAUUUCUGAUAUUUACAGUAUUUCUGUAUUUUGUAAUAUGAACUUAAUAUGAAGCAUGGAAUUUUGAUCAUUCUUUUAGUUGUACAUGAGUUACUGCAUAUGUAGAGCUAGGAUUACAGGAAGAAGAAAGGAGAAUGGUGCAUGUAUAAGUUGUUGGAAAGUCCCUCAGUGAAUUUUCCGUUGGUUGGUUGUUUUGAAACAAGGUGAAACUGUAAUAAAGAUGAGAAUUUCAAGCGACUGUUUGCUCAUUUAAUUUGGCAGGUGAGAGUAAAAACAACCACCGAGACUGGAAUUUGGAACAUGGCCUUCAAGAAACACUCCCACACCUUACUUUUUGCUUAAAAUUCCAGGCAUCACUGGCUUUCUUAGAAACUCCAAAACCCAAGUUAUUUUUCUAUUAAAAUUCAGUUUGGCAGGAAAACACUUUUAGUAUUGUCCAAAACAUACAGGUUUCCAAAAAGUUUUUGUCUGGUUUUACGUCUAAUUGUUGCAGUUGGCUAUGACAAAUUUGGAUAUCCGAUUAGUAGUUUUUAAAGAGACAUAUGUGGGAUACAUCUUGUAUGAAUUCCAACUGUUUUCAUUUGUCUUAAUGCAUGUUCAGACUAUUGGUUUUAAUUUGUUUAAACUGUUAUAGUAACUGUUAUAGUACCACAGUAAAAAUAAACAUCUACCAUUUCAAAA